AACAAAUCGUUUCCAAGCGGAUACACCCCUUCUGUAUUACCUGAUAAACCAGAUGGUAGUGGCGGGAAAGAGUUGUUUAAAUACCCCAAAGAAAAGCCAGCCUAUCGUCCUUCUAACCUGACGCAAACAAAACACGUACCCCACUUGCUAAUGGCAAUAACAAUUCUAACAAGCCGACAAAACGGGAAGAAAUCCGGUUAUUAAAUGACGUGCGACCGAUUGUGGCCUCGGAGUCGUCACCAGCUCGGCAUCGGCAGAAGGUUGUUCCGCAUACCGCACCUGAUAAGUUGGAACAAAAUGAACCGGAAGUCGCAGAGGUACAACUGAGUGCAAUUAGACGAAGUGCGCAAAAUAAGCUUCGUCAAAGAAUGAGAAGUCAACCCACAGAUAGUGAGAAUACAAACUUUUCUGAAUCUGCAAGUCACGAGUUUGCAGAUUUAUCCAGAAGUUCUUUGACGUCAAACGACUACAUGGAGACGGUAUCUGUGAAAAGUGAACCACCUCCAUUUCAAUAUAACCCUAAUAUGGGAGUAACUUUUGACCCUAAAAAGGUGGAUUCCACUGUGUCAGUUGUUGGUGUGAAACUUGGUUAUCAACAACAUGCUCAUGGGAGUAACUCGUCAAGCUCUCCUGCCACAACCCCAACGGCUACAACUCCUUCAUCAAGUAAAAAUUCUUUAACUGGUCCAUCAGCUCGUGACCGGCGUAGAUCUCAUAGAGCGGGGCCAACCUCACCCCUUGGCAUGGCAUCUAUGGUGUCAGUUAGUGGAUCUAACAAUGCAUUCAAUGUACAAGGCAGAGGCGUCUUCAUGUCACCAUCUUCUUCCUCGCUCCUCGCAUCCACGGAUAACACGGAAGCUUCCUCCCCAACGCAGUUCGACAACCAAGCUUGGUCUUCGUCAAGUAAUGACUCAGAUCCAAACAGAUUAAUGGGAGGAAUAUUUGGCCGUGCGGUGCGAAAUCCAAGUGUUUCAUCUGAAGAAAAUAAUCAACAAGAAGCAAUGAACAUGGGAAUAUCAGACUUUUCUUUAUCUGCUUCACUCCGUCAAAGACAACUAGAGAAAAAGGAAAAAUCAACCUCAUCCGCUCGAAAUGAUUCCACCUCUUAUUCACAAUUUGAUGUGAUGGAAAAUGAAUACAAAGGUUCACCAGUUGUUGAAUCUGAGAGGAAAAAUGACACCACUGUUGAACGGAGAACAAAAAGUAUAUUGCACAAUAACAACACUUCAUUCGAUCUAAACAUCAGUGGAACAACAAAGUUUAGUGGAUUAACGAAGGAACGUGUCACAAAAAGUUCAACUUCAUCAGUGUCGAGCAUUAAACCAGCGAAUGAAAGAUUGGAUAACCCGGAGCAAAGUUUGCUUAAUGCAAUAUCUGUUGUUGAAUCCGCUGACUCUGAGAACUGGGAAGCAAUCACGGACAACAUCUUUAUCAUGAGGAGGAUGGCUAAGUUUCAUCCGGCUGUUCUCGCUUCAAAGUUCCACGAUGUCAUGCUACUCCUGUGCAAAAAUGUCCAUAAUCUGAGAUCUCAAGUUUCACGUGCAAGUGUUGUUUGUAUUUCGGAUAUUUACGAAAACCUGAAACGACCAACCGUCAAUGGAGAUAUAGAGACAUGCGUUAAAGCUUUACUUAAAGAACAUGGGGGUGCAAACAGUUUUAUUCAAGAAGAAAUAAUGAAAGCUUUGCGUAGUAUGAUUGAUUCAGCUUCAUCAAAUAAAACUCUCAAUGCUCUACUUAACUCUGGCCUUCGCCACAAAAACAAGUCAGUUAGAAAUGUGACGGCUCAAAUGUGUGCUGAGUUGGUUGAUAAGAUGGGUCCUGGAAAAGCUCUCAGUGGAAUCAAAGACACCACAGAUAAGUUAUUAGAAGCGGUUGUGUUGUUUGUGAGUGACGGAUCACCUGACGUGAGAUAUCACGGUCGCUACAUUAUUAAUGCACUCAUGUAUCACGGGGAUUUUGACAAAUCGCUUGAAAGAUUUUUAUCACCAAAAAAUGCUCAGGAAAUAAAGGAAUGUGCUUUUACCAUUAAACAAAGAGGCCUUGGUACAAUAAGUUCUGCUGGUUCUCGUAAAGUUUUGAGCGGGAGUAUUCGUCGAAGUGGAUCCCAUCCAUCUAGUGGGCAAUCUAAAGAUCGAACGAGCAAUUUUUCCAACAGCAGCACGAGCGCUUCGUUGAGGAGGAAAACUAACAGUGGAACAAAAAUGUUCAAUGAACAGGAAGCAGAAGAAGUUUCUCAGCUUUGUUCAAAAAUAAGUCAAGGAUCUUUGCUUGAUCGGAAAGAAGCUGUGAACGCACUCAUACAAAAAAUCAAUUCAAAUCGUGCAUUUGUUGAAGAUAAUAUUAUCAAGAUAAUGGAUGCAUACAUGACGUUGCUUACAACUGCAAACACGAAGUUUAACAGCAUCGGACUUGGAUCGCUUCCAGAUCUUAUAUCGUCACUUGGUGACACAAUUCGUGACAAACUUCCAGUGCUGGUACCUGCUGUGCUGAAACUUAUCGCUUCAAAACAGCAAAGCAACCAAGCAAGAGUUGUUGUGGACGUCAUCGUUGAUAAAUUCGACAACCUUGCUUUGAUCCAACCGUUUGCGAGCGUCUCACAGUAUGGUUCUGGUAAACCACGUCAGGUUGCUAUCACAAAGCUAGUUGAGCUCCUUGAAAAUGUUCCGCCCAAGCGAGUUCAACACGUUGAGCGUCAUGUUCUUCCUCUUUUAUGGAGUCUGCUCUCUCCCAACGCUGCACCAUCUGGUGUCCAACUUCGACGAGAGAUUCAGUCACUAGCUGUUGCUCUCAAGCAAAUAAUAGGAUCUCGUCUGUUCGAUUACGCUGAAUCACAAAACCUGCAUAGAAACUUAGAAGGCUGUUUAAAAAGUGAACUCACAUGAGUGAUGUCAUUGUAAGUUUUCCGCAGCAGUGUUGACAAAAAUUUCACUUCAUUAUCUGCUGUAACACUGCACGGGGUAUUACAUAAUAAGUUCUAUCUUGGUAUUGUGCAAAAGGUGAAAUCACUGUAACAAGUGAACAGGUAGCACUGUGAAACACUUGAUUUACCGGACUUUAGCGAAUUUCUGUUCAACUUUCUUCACUUAUUUUACCAUGUAUGUAUUAUAGACGGUUAUUUUAACAUAUAAAAGUGAAUUCGAUUAUUUUGCACAAUUGUUAAGUCAUGAAUGCACUUUGUGGCCAUCAUGGUAAUAAUUGUUUAUUGGCAUAUCUACUCUCUUGGGCCUAGCAUUUGUAUAAAUAGUGCUUUAUUUCACAGAAUUCAUUAGAUAAUCCAACUUAAGCAGCCCUAUGUUAGGUGUGCAAACUUUAAAAUAAUUUUUUUUAUAAAAUUUUAAGAUCUGAUAUAUAUAUAUUUUUUUUUUUGAACAAUUCAAACUUGUAUGUCAACAAAAGUUUAUAUUUUUACAAAAUUCUUUAUCUUAUUUCGACACAAAUGUUGUGUAUGAAGUUUGUAGUUCAGCAAGCUCACCUAGUGUUAACUUGUACUCGUUCCAACUGGUCACUAGAUGUCUCUACAGUAUUGUGCACUGUGUAAAGCAUUUUGUAUUUUAACUUGAUUAUUGUUGGACUUUUACUUUGUAUAAAAUUAUAAGUAUAACAUGAUUCAAA